AUGUUCCUCCACGAUAUUCUGUUUGAGAUUUCAGGGGACGAGAAUGAUCUACAGCGGGAAGACAUUGAAUUUGUAGACGCAUGUAAGACGGCAACCAUACACCGUGUAGCGGACCGUCUGGUUACCAUAUUCAGAAACAAGGAAGGUUACGAUAGGCAGGUAUGUCCACGAGGAUCGAAGCCCAUUCAAAAGCUGGAAGUCGAUGAAGAAAAUAUCGCAAUGUUCAUGGAGAACUGCGUGCAGUUGUACCGUGAUGCGGUUGUGUUGUAUAAGACGAUGAAAGUGUUCACGUUUGUCAGUUGGGGAACACUUUUUGUCACGCCUACACACAAGUUUGUCUGCUUCCCAUUUGAACCCCUACAAUGCACGUUUCCCGGUGUCAUCCGGUGUAGAAGGAGAUACUUCCCGGACGUGCUGGACAGUGUACACCCGAGAAAAUACGUGCCGGAGCUUGAAGGACUCACGGUGGUCACAUAUUCUAUCCUACAGACGGUUGGGCAUGUCCUGAUGAAUUAUGAACUGCGUGGAUUACCGGUCUGGUAUGCCAAGAACGUACACAGCAGUAAAACCAGGAAUCCGUUUACGUUCCAUUUGAAUUGGUUUAUAGCUUUUUGGAUGAGAUGCAAUCAAAUCUUCUUUAGAGAUCCGUCGUUCUUUCGAUUCCUUUGGUGCCAAGGGACCACGGACGAGUCAAACUACAUCAUCAUGUAUCUUCGGGAAAUGUUUGGUCCGAUGUGCUAUGAAAAACUGGGCAUCAAGCAAUAUGAGCUUUUUCAAUUUUUGUCUGUCGUUGUGCAGACUGAGGAUAUCAUGCACAUGUCAUAUGCACAUGUGAAAGACGUGUUUGUUCCGAUGGAAUCCUGUAUUGUAAAGAACGGUGAAUGGAUGGUCACUGGAAAGGAUCUGUUUAUCAUAUAUCCCAACUGGUACACCCAUGUGAAGGGAUUUCAGAAUACGGGCCUGGUUUGGAGGUAG